AUGGUUGGCUGCUGGCAGCUGUUUAUUCUAUGCUUCCUAAGGGCACCUGUUUUAUUGUAUCGGGGGUCUUUAGAGGGAUACGUGUUGGGGAGAACUUGGGUGGUGGACGAUUGAACCGGCUCCUUGACCUUUUUAAGGUUUUGGUUGGGAGCUUUAAUAAUGCUUUCAACCUACCCCCGAAAAAGGUUGUGUGUGUGAGGAAUUGUUCUUUGUUGUUUUUUGGCUUUUUGUUCGUACAGGUUUUUUUGGUUCUAUAUUUUUUUUGAGCUUUCCUUGGUUCCUGUUUUCGUGCUUAUUCUUCGUUGAGGAGUCCAGCCUGAGCGUAUUAGAGCUGCGUUUUAUCUAAUGCUCUAUACUCUUACAGGAUCUCUCCCUUUUCUGUUGUUUAUCCUAUCAUGUUUUUCGGUGUAUGGGUCUUUUUUCAUGGGAUUCAGGUGGGAUCUGUUAAGAAGAAUAGGGUACUGGGGCUGUGCCGGGGUUAUGGUUUUUUUUAUUAAAAUGCCUUGUUACCCGUUUCACUUGUGGUUGACUAAAGCUCACGUUGAGGCCCCGACAGCGGGGUCAAUAGCUUUGGCAGGACUACUGUUGAAGCUUGGGGGUGUUGGUUUGAUGCGCGUCCUGAAAAGGUAUGGUCAGCUCUGCUAUAGAAUAGAGGUUUUUUGGAGAGCUGUUGGAAUUUGGGGUGGGGUAUUAAGGUCUAUUGUUUGUUUACGCCAAAUGGAUAGAAAGUCCUUGGUGGCUUAUUCUUCGGUGGGCCACAUAAGGUUAGUUCAGUUGAGGAUUUUGAGGGGAAGAGGUUUAGGGUGGUCUGGUGCUCUAUAUAUAAUAGUGGCCCACGGUCUUUGCUCCUCAGGCCUUUUCAGAAUUUUGGGGGAGUACUAUGGAAAAGUUAAGAGGCGGAGAAUAUCUAUUUGCAUGGGGUUAAAUAUGCUUUUUCCCAGAACUACGAUCUGAUGGUGCAUUCUUAUUGUGUGUUCUAUAAGGUGUCCUCCUGGAUUGGCAUUCUUAGGUGAAAUUUUUAUGGGGAUGUCCCUCGCAGGCACUUUUCCUGGUUUCUGCCUAUGGUUUAGGGUGGUCGGGUUUUUGGGGGGUGCUUACAGGUUAAUUUUAUACGGAGGGAUGAGGCACGGCCCCUGCGGUUCUUCCCUUCGUCCCCGGUUUUCGGGAAUUAGGAAGUGCAGAUAUUUAGGGUUGUUACACAGAGCUCCUCUUUUUCUUCUUUUCUUCUUUCCAAUAUUUUUAUAG